GCAAUCAGUCAGCCAAAGAAAUAAGAAAUAUGUUAAAAGGUGCACGUUUCACUCCUAGAAUGAUUUGUACCGUGAGCGGUCGGAACGAUGCCGUGGUGGAUGCAUGUCAAGGUGAUAGUGGAGGACCGCUGGUUAGAAAGAUAGCUACAGCACAGGGUACUGAGUUCUGGGUGCAAGAAGGAAUUGUAAGCUGGGGUUACGGUUGUGCGACCAUUGAUGUUAACGGCAAUGAAUAUCCUGGAUACUUCAUCAAUGUUUCGUCAAUAAUCAGCUUCAUACAGGAAUCACUAGAAAGCGAUGACACCUAAAAUUCCCUCGUUGUAUUAUAAAAGUUCCCUUUUUAGUCAAAACUUCCUAAUAAACAUCAAAGCUUCAUUCCAACUCAAAAUACUGGAGGCGUAUGUUGCAUAAUGAAGAGAUCUUAAAUCACGCUCGAAGGGAAAAAAGCUUGGAUAAAUUGGGAAGAUUGCAUAAGCAUUCAUAAUCAACUGUAUUUUUCGAUGAACAAUUAAGAAUGUGUUUUCAUACAGUUCCAAAAUAAAUGUAUGACAAGGUGUUCAAACAUCA